AUGGGGAUCAAGAGUUCCACCACAACCUUUACCGAGAGCUGGGGCAGCACUCAAGGCCAGCUGGUGCGUGUGGAAGUCCUCAUCCUCUUCAGCGCCUUGAUCUGGAUCCUCGUCGAGUAUUUUGGCUCACGCCGGCGGCGGUAUAGCCAGGGGUUCUUCCGCUUCUUCGUGUGGGCGGUGUACACGCUCUUCACCGUGCUGACCCCCUACACCAUCGGAUUGCUGCAGGAUGGUCCCUUCCGUGACCAGACUUUCGUCCUGUGGGGCACUAUCCUCCUCUUCAUCCAAGCAAAUGUCGAUUCCAUCUCAGUUUAUAGCAUACAUGACAUUGAGCACAGGAAGACGGUGUUUGUGCAGCACUUGUUACAGAUCAUCCUUGUGCUAUGGCUUAUUGUGAAUUGCAAAGGUGACAACGGAAGCUACACUGCAAACAUCUGGAUAUUUUGGAUUCUGAGCGUCAUUUGGACGUACAGAAAGUAUCGGAGUUUAAGCAACGCGAGCAAAAAAGGAGGUUUGCUGAAGGUGUCUAAAGUAGUCGCUGAUUAUAUGAUGAUUGAGCAUGAGCAAAUACCUCGGGGCUUCAACCCUGGAACCAUGGAAGGGUACAAGUACAUUUUCCACGGUGAAGAAGAAGUAGCUUCCCUGCUUCCCACCGCACCUGAAUAUAUAGAGGCCGCAAGGAGAAAAUGCACCACCAUUGAUAAAGUGUGGCGACGGAUCGAGCAUGAGAACACUUUCAACCAGGAAGCUAAGGAAACACUGAAGGACUUUGCGCUCUCCUUCUCACUGUUUAAAUUGUUGAAGCGGAGGUUGUGCGGAUACCAGAUUGGUGAAGCUGGCCUCGCCAAGACAUUAGAUUUCAUGCUUCAUGGGCUCAUCUCUGAAGAAGGUAACUAUGUUCGUGCUUUUGGAGUUAUAGAGAUGGAGUUGUCAUUCCUAUAUGAUUUCCUCUAUACAAGGUUCGACACAGAGUAUUUGGUGUUUAAGGGCAUCGCAGUAUGGUUUGUCGUAGCAACCGUUCCUAUUUCAAAUAGUUUCUCAGGAGCAUUUAGCAGGAGCUACCAUCGCAGUAGUUUGGAACAGAGAGUUCAUGGAAUCGAUGUUACUCUCUGGGUAACCAUUGUGCUGCUUAUCAUUGUGUUAGCAUCGUAUUGUCAGCUACUUGUCAGCCCAUUUGUAGAACCUGUCAGCCCAGCGUGGAGGUGGGACAUAGCGUACGUGCUCCAUUGCGACCGACUACCCACUUUGGAUCAAACUUCUAUUGUAAAACGGAGAGCAAAAAAAUCGUGGCAGAGAGCGCUUGGGCAGCACUCCCUGUUACUCAACUUCGACUACCACCCGAGGAAUGUGCUAUCGCUUCUGUCACUGGGUUUGGUCGACGCAACAAGAGAAGGACAGAAGGCGGGGGAAAAGAUCAAGUUGACACAUGAACUCAUCGAGCGCGUCCUUUCUGGGUUCAAAGAGAGCAAUGGGCAGUUACAAGAUGGGCAAUCGGCUUUGGCCAAAAAUCAGCUGGGAAGCCAGUUCUCAUGGGCCUGCACCCUGUCCACACAUAUACAUAAGAUUCUUGUAUGGCACAUCGGGACGACCAUCGCCAUGGAUGGUCACCCGGUUCCUCCAACCGGCGACCACCGUGUCGCCAAGACGCUGUCAGACUACUGCGCCUACCUGGUGGCUUUUGUUCCGGACAUGCUGCCCGGCCAUGGCUAUGACACCCAGUGCAUCUUCGAUGCCGUGGUUGUGGAAGCUCGAGAAAUCAUCACCGGUUGUGAUAGUAUAAGCAGCCGGUGUGAGAAGCUGGUGAUGGCGGUCUUGCCGAGCAACAGCAGCUGCACAAUCCUGGAGCUGGGGGGCAGGCUCGGGAGGGAGCUUAGGGGCGUGCCGGAGAAGCAGAGGUGGAAGAUGUUGGCUGACUUCUGGGCUGAGUUCAUCCUCUUCCUCGCACCAUCAAGUAAUGCCGAGAUCCAUGCUGAGAAGCUUGCCGCCGGCGGGGAGUUCAUGACCUAUCUCUGGGCACUGCUUACACACGCCGGCAUUCUGGAGCGCCCUUCUAGGACCGACGGUGCGCGAGUUAACACUCAGCAGUGUGCUGAUCCCGGGACGACCAUCGCCAUAGAUGGUCACCCGGUUCCUCCAACCGGCGACCAUCGUGUCCUCAAGACGCUGUCGGACUACCGUGCCUACCUGGUGGCUUUUGUUCCGGACAUGCUGCCCGGCCAUGGCUAUGACACCCAGCGCAUCUUCGAUGCCGUGGUCGUGGAAGCUCGGGAAAGCAUCACCGGUUGUGACAGUAUAAGCAGCCGGUGUGAGAAGCUGGUGAUGGCAGUCUUGCCGAGCAAGAGCAGCUGCACAAUCCUCAAGCCGGGGGGCAGGCUCGGGAGGGAGCUCAGGGGCGUGCCGGAGGAGCAGAGGUGGAAGGUGUUGGCUGACUUCUGGGCCGAGUUCAUCCUCUUCCUCGCGCCAUCAAGCAAUGUUGAGAUCCACACUGAGAAGCUUGCCACCGGCGGGGAGUUCAUGACCCAUCUCUGGGCACUACUCACACAUGCUGGCAUUCUGGGGCGCCCCUCUACGACUGACGGUGCGCGAGGUAACAACGGCCUGUUUGAGGGAUCAAAACAUUAUGGUCUGAAGCGCACUGCUAGCACUUUUGCUGGAGUGAUUGGUUUGGGAUGA